UGGUGAUCCAAUUCCCCAUGUUAAUUACACCGAGACCGAAAACAAAACUUGGAAGUCGGUGUUCAACACUGUCCUUGAACUGAUGCCGAAGCACGCCUGCAUCGAGUAUCGUCGCGUAUUCAAACUCCUUCAGGAGGAGGACAUAUUCGUUCCUGAUCGCAUCCCGCAACUCGAAGAAAUGUCUCAGUUUCUUCAGCGUCAAACCGGAUUUACUCUUCGCCCAGCAGCUGGCCUGUUAACGGCUAGGGACUUUUUGGCCUCCCUCGCUUUCCGUAUUUUCCAGAGCACUCAAUACGUCCGACAUGUCAACUCACCCUUCCACACCCCUGAACCGUAAGUUCGCUUUGAUGAA